AUGGAUAAUAAUAAUUGUGAUACAAAAAUUAAUGUUUCUAAUGACACUAGUUUAGUUACAGACAAUGCAAAAAGCAUUGUAAAUGAUAUUAAAUUUAGUAAUGAACCCUCAAAUGAUGCUAAAAUAGCAGAAAAGAAAAGGAAACGAAAAGAAAAAGCUGAAAGUAAACGAUUAGCAGAUGAAAAAUAUAAUCAUAUAGUUCAAGAACAGCAAUAUAAACGAUUAAUGCAUUUGUUAAAUAGAAGUAAAUUUUAUGCUUCAUAUAUCGUUAAUAAAAUUAACAAUAGUUUGGUAAAAGAUGCCGAAGUUAUAAAAAGAAAUGAAAAGGAACUGGAUUCCAUAGAUGAAAAUACACCACCACAAGAGAUAGAAAAGAAGAAAAGUCAUAAUUCACAAACAUAUAUAUCUAAGGAUGUAAAACGAAAAGUACAUAUAAAUAAGAACAAGUUGAAUUUAAGUGAAAAUGAGAUUGAGUAUGAGUUAGUUAUAAAUUCUGAAAGUAAAACAAAGGAUAUUGAUAAUGUUAUUGUUGAAACACCAAAAUAUUUUAAUGGAGAUUUACGAGAUUAUCAAAAAGAAGGACUUAAGUGGUUAAAAGUUCUUUAUGAAAAUGGUAUAAAUGGAAUUUUGGCUGAUGAAAUGGGUCUUGGAAAAACAAUUCAAGUUAUAGCUUUACUAUGUCAUCUUCUUGAAAAAAAACAAGAUGGGCCAUAUUUAUUAGUGGCUCCACUCUCUACUAUACCAAAUUGGAUGUUAGAAUUUGAAAAAUUUGCACCAAAAUUACCUGUUGUAUUAUUUCAUGGUACACAAGAGAAACAUAUAUUAAAGAGAAAAAUUAAACAGAAGUAUAAAAUUACAGAAACUUAUAGUACACUACCAAUUGUACUUACUACUUUUGAGGUCCCAUUACAUGAAAGUAAUUUUAUUAAAUCUUUGAAUUGGAAGUAUAUAAUCAUAGAUGAAGGACAUCGAAUUAAAAAUCAUAAAUGUCAACUCCUUCAGGUUUUAAAGUCUUGUAGAUCUAUGAAUAGACUUUUAUUAACAGGCACACCAUUACAAAAUAAUUUAGCAGAAUUAUGGUCAUUAUUAAAUUUUUUGCUACCAGAAAUUUUUGAUGAUUUAACUGUUUUUGAAUCAUGGUUUGAUGCAAAAGAACAUCAGGGAGAUGAAGGAACCAAAAAAUUCUUAAAAUUAGAAGAAGAUAAACGUGUAUUGUCAUCAUUACGAGAAAUAUUACAACCUUUUCUCUUAAGACGCGAAAAAGCAAACGUUUGUUUGGAUAUUCCACCAAAAAAAGAAUUAAUUGUUUAUGCUCCCCUAACACAAUUGCAACAUGAUUUAUAUAAAGCACUUAUAAAUCGUGAUAUAGAUGAAUUUAAUAAGAUUGAGGAAGAUCUAAUUAUACAUUCGGAUGAUGGUAACAGACCUAAAAGAAAAUGUGCAUUAAAAAGUAUGUAUAUCAUGAAUACAAGAUUUGAAAGAGAAGUGUCACUAAGUACUACUUUUCAACAAAGUGACGAAAGCAUGGACAGUGAUGUUUGGAAACAAGUAAAUCCUAAAAAUGAACAAAAUUUAAUAACGUGGAACAAAUAUACUAAUGUUACCAAUGAUAAUCGAGACUUCUUAAUUCAUAUUCAUAGUCGACAUCAUAUUUUUUACAAAAAAAUUGUAAAUCAUCCAUAUUUGAUACAUUACCCAUUGGGUCUAGAUCUUUCGCCAAAAAUAGAUGAAGAAUUAAUUAAAUCAUCUGGUAAGCUUCUAGUGUUAGAUGCAAUGCUUGCAAGACUUAAAAAAAGAGGACAUAGAGUUUUGUUAUUUACUACCAUGACUAUGAUAUUAGACAUUAUAGAAGAUUAUCUUUCAUUACGGAAUUACAAAUAUAUCAGAUUAGAUGGUACUACUAAACUCAUUGAUCGAAAGGAACGUAUUGAAGAUUUUAAUACAAAUUCUGAAAUAUUUUUAUUUCUUAUGACUACAAGAGCAGGUGGUGUUGGAUUAAAUCUUGUUGGAGCAGAUACUGUUAUUGUAUAUGAUUGUGAUUGGAAUCCUCAAGUAGAUAUACAAGCUGUGGCACGUUGUCAUAGAAUAGGACAAACACGCCCAGUAAUGAUAUAUAAGUUAUGUACCAAAGGCACUAUUGAUGAAGCAAUUAUUAAUCGUGCUGAAGCUAAACGUCUUUUAGAAAAAGUGGUUAUCUCUAAACACAUUAAGGAAAUAAAUGUAAGGAAUAAAGCAGACUUAAUAAAACUACAAAAAAUGUUAGAAUCAAAUGAACAUCAAGUAGUUGCAUCUGAAAAUGAAGUUUUUACAGAGGAAGAACUUAACCAACUGCUAGAUAGAAGUGGCCUAUUUAAAAAGCAAAUAGAAUCCUAAAUACUCC